AUCAUUUCAUUUGUUUUCCCAAGAUUCACAAAACACCACCUUGCAACUCCGCAAAGCCUCAAUAGACUCCGUACGCUGACGUCUAAUUAAUGGGUCAAAGUCGGUUCUAGACUUUUCACUUGUCCAGCAUCUUGUCCAGCAUCGAGCCCUUUGAACAGUCGCACUGCCACGAAUACCAACUCCCUUGGUCGAACUCGAAAAGAUUUUACCUUCUGCUUGACACUAGGAUCUGGGGAAUGAUUUGAUUGAUGAAGAUUCAUUUGUUGCAUUUGUCUGCGCCCAAAUUCACAUUUCACAUUGGGUCCUUUAACUCUUGAGUGAGUACGGAGUAGACGUUGAUGAAUUACGGGAAGCCCGGCCGGGUACAACCCUUUAUCGUAUACGAGUAUACGAGUAGGUACGAAGGAAGUUAAUCAUCCAACUUGACUCCGAAUGAACCCCAGCACGUGUCAAUUGGGUUCAAGUCUUAUUACUUUGGUUGCUUCUUAGUGCAACCGUCGGGUGCUUCAAUUCGGAAUCAAUCAUACAUACUUCAGCCAAGGAAGGCUGACAAAGUUUAAAUUCAUCAUCAUAUCAUGGCCCUGGUCGAUUACAUGUCGUCCGACGAGGAAAAUGUCGUAGACGAAGACCUUCCUCAUGACAUUAAAGUCAAUAAAGUCAAUCAACACAACAGUGAAGAUGAUGAAAAGAAUGUCACCACAAAAAUUUCCAAUUCAAUUAAUUUAAAGCGAAAGCGAGACAUUUCUUCAUCCUCGUCAGAAUUACCUCCACUGCCCUCCAAAUUUCAUGAUCUUUAUGCCUCAACCGUGAGGAACAGUACAAGAGAUGAUCCAAGCUUACACGGAGGAAGAAAAAGAGUGACUCCUCAUAUCGAGGGCAAUUGGCCAACACAUAUUUAUAUUGAGUGGUAUCCUUCGACUGCAGAAUUUGAUCUUAUAUCAUCCUUGAUCUCAAAAGUUGAUGAGUCGUUCAAAACCCACGGCAUUCAAACAUUUUUGUCAAAUGAUCUUGGGGUUCCUCUUCCCUUACAUGUCAGUCUUUCACGAGCCAUUGGCUUUUCCAAAGAUGUCAAAGAUAUCUUCCUGACUUCAUUCGAACAAGUCAUAAAGUCUUCCGGAGUUCGUCCUUUUGAGAUGCGCUUCUCCGGUUUAGCGUGGGUUCCUAAUUAUGAAAAGACUCGAUGGUUUUUGGUUCUCCGCGUCAAUACACCGGAAAGCAAUGCCUUGAACAAAUUACUUCACGUGAGUAACAAAGUCGUGGAAGAGUUUGGACAGCCGCCCCUGUACGCAAAUUCUAGAACAAGUGUAAAUGGUCACAAAGUAGCAAAAGGUGCUCACCACUCUCAACACAGCAAACCUUUCAGGGGCAAGACACAGCAAAAAAGGGAUGUUUUCAAUGGUAUGGCCGAUUUAUCAGACGCAUUUCACAUUAGCAUUGCGUGGACGCUAUUGCCUCCAGACCAAGAACUGAUUGAAGCUACUGAGCGAUUGACAGCCAACGAAUUGAUGAAAGUAAAGCAGAUUCAAAUAAAGACAGAGGAAAUCAAAGCAAAGAUUGGUAAUGUUGUUACCAACGUGCCCCUUCCUGUGGGCAUUACGGAAGGCAAAAGCCUGUUCGGGUUGUGAAAAAAUACUUUACUUCAGAGGGGUACACAAGUUGUUUGACAAUUUAGGAAAAACGAUGUGUCGAAAAUAAAUUUAUUCUAUCGAGCUAGUUCUAGUCGAUAUCUCACUCGUACUAUCAGCCACAAAUAUGUAUUGUCUGCGGCUAAUCAGGACCUUGAUUACAUGACUCUCCCAUAUCUCCGAGUAUAUCCAUAAACAAGCUUCUUCCCAAGUCGACAAGAUUUUUCAUAUCUUCUGUCAAAAGCUUGACUAACCUGAGUCAAAUAAUACCGAUCCGCUAC